CAGGAAUCUUUGGUACCUCAAGAACAAGAACAGCAUUGCAAGAUUUCAUCACGAGGUUUGAAGCGUUCAACUAUUGUGAGCCCCGAGGAAGUGAUGACCAAAUACUGCUGCAAAAAUAACUGCAUCAAAAAAUUUUCUCUGUCUCAAAUCACGGAAACACGACAUGCGUUUAUUAGGAAUUUUGGGCGUCACGCCAAGCAACGACAMUAUAUUUUGGACUGGUUGAGCUCCAAUCGGCCGAAAGAAGAAGAAGAUAAUUUCGUUCAUUCUAUAUGUGGCGUCAAAGUUUGUAUCAACUKUUGGCUGAAUGUCUUAGGAAUUACAAGGCRAAAGUUUUUUCAACUGAAAAAGCAGUUCCUUGAUGAAAAUCGACGAAGUGGAAUUCAUGGAAACACAGGGRCCUUAAGGCUGUCAUUGUCCAGUGAGUUGGCACUCAAUUAUUUAAAAUCAUAUUUCGAACAAAUGUGCGAGCACAUACCCAACGGAAAUGUUAUGCAUCUCCCCUCAAACAUAAGGAAAUAUGACAUUUACRAGGAAAUGGAGUUGAUGUUGGCAUCCCAGGGACAGCCUUGUUGCACCAAGACAACAUUCAACAAUCUUUGGACAAAGUAUUUCCCAAAUAUUAAAAUUCCAAAGGAAAACCGAUUCAGCAAGUGCGAUGAUUGCAGUAAGAUCAAGGCCGAUCUGAGAGAGACACUAGAUCCCGAGAAGCAACAAACUAUACUAAUUAAGAGAACGGGGCACCAUGAAUUUGUGAGACUAGAGAGACAACUUUACCUAAGCCGUGGGAUUUUAGGACAUCACCAAYCAAAUAAAUACUUCUCCAUCGCAAUAGAUGGAAUGGAUCAAAAUAAAACGGAACUGCCUUUCUCCACCUUACGAUACAGCCUAUUGARUACGGCUUGGAGAUUGAAAGUGCACGUUGUUGGGGUGAUGGUUCAUGGCCGAAACCCAAUUGUGUUUCUCGAMCACCAACAACACGCACAUGAUUCUAAUUUGACCGCCAACAUCUUACUUCAGGUUUUCUGGAUGCACAGAGAUCGAUUACCUGAUACGGUUUAUAUACAGAUGGAUAAUACAUGCCGCGAAAAUAAGAACCAGUAUGUUUUUGCAUUGCUGGCAUACUUGAUUGAGCGAAAGGUGUUUAAGGAGAUAACAGUAUCAUUCCUACYGAAGGGUCAUACGCACGUGGAUGUAGACCAAAUGUUUUCGCGGUUAUCUGUGGCGAUAGCUAGGUCUGGAUGCUUGACUCCAACAGAUCUAAGGCGAUUGAUUGGCUCAUGCUAUAAACAGGCACAAGGAGAUGUCACCCAAGCAGGAGCAAGGCCCCAAGUUGCACAACUACAACACCUGUAYGCCAUUAGAGAAUGGCUAAAGCCCUACAGUUGGGCRGUCCACUACCUGAGGCCCUUCCAUCAAUUCCGCUUCUAUCUUGAUGAAAGAGGAAAAUGUUUAACAGACUUUAAAGCUUGGUGUCAGAGCGAAUGGGAUCCAUUAAAGUGGCCACCAUUAGAAAUAUUGAAGCAAGAACCAACAAGUGAACCUGAGACUAUCGUUCCUAGUUAUGACACUGUGGACAUUGAUCGCCUACGCGGGAUGGUGAAAAAAUGUGUUGAUGGAGGGGUGUUAAAUGCCGAGGAGGAGAAGGUGUGGGACGGGUUUUUGGCUGGUGAGGAAGCCCUUGCUGACUACUACCAAGACAAGGAGCAAGCUACGUACUGUGAUAAGCAUCAUAACAAAGAAGUGAGGUACAUGCCUCCAUCAGACAAUGRCUGGCUACUUGAUGAACUUGUUGCCAGAAAAAGACCAAGUGAAAAUGAAGCGCCCGACCUCCGGGAAGUACUUCGUGAAAGUGAAUCGCUCCUGAACGGAGAAGGGCUGAUUCCGGCUUACACAGGACCCUACCGACCACCUGGACACAAACAGCGCGAAAUUAUCAGAGAUGAAAAUGUAGAUGCACUUAAAGUAGGUAUGCUCGUCGCCCUCGACGUCGACACAUAUAAAGAGAGGCCACAGAUAGCCGAAGUUGUGUCACUCAGCACCUCAGAUACAAUAGAGGUGGAGUGGUACAUUGGAAGCUGGUCAACAUCAUGGAAGCCCCACAAAGUACGACGUGGACGAAAUAUGGUCAUAUGGAGAGAAGUUGUCCAGMAAUCUUGUGUCCUCCUCUUCGACUUCGAGUUAACGCCACAAAAGAAGCUCAGGGAGGCGACCAAAAGAGAAUUGAAGAGGGUAYAUGAGGAAAAUUAGGUUGAAUGAGUUAAAGGAUUGAGAAAGUUUCAAUCUACAUUCGUAAGCUGUUUCGCACUWUUCAUUUGAAAACACAAUUGACUUAUGAACAACGGAGCACACCAUUGUUUUCUACUAUUGUGGUCUUUAAAAUAUUAUAUAGUUGAUUCAUAAUGAAGAGCGUACGGACUUUGGAAAUGUUUGAAAAUUUUGGAGUGGCCAUAAAUUUAUGUCCAGC